CAUGUUCUGUUUAUAUUGGACUGAGACAUACCACUCGUAUAGAAAAAGUAUUGACCAAGGACCCUUUAGGUUACUCUGUAUCUCUCUAGAUCUCUCUCAUUUUCUCUCUCUUCUUUGAAAUAUUCCUCCAAUGGCGUUAAUCGAGUCUAUUCUAAAUCUCCAAGCAAUGGCUUUAGGAACAGCAGUUGCUGUGGGUGGUCCAGCAAUCGCUCUCGGUGGUAUUUCAAUAUGGCUCAUUAGAGGAUAUGUCAAUGAUCAGAACAAGAAACAACACUCCAAUGGUCUCCUAACUCUACCUGAGGUACCCGGGUGGCCGGUGAUCGGAAAUCUUCUGCAACUAAAAGAGAAGAAACCGCACAAGACUUUCAUGAAGUGGGCUGAGAUUUAUGGACCAAUCUAUUCCAUCAAAACUGGUGCCAACACUGUUGUUGUCCUCAAUUCUACUGAUGUUGCCAAGGAGGCCAUGGUGACCAGAUUUUCAUCCAUAUCAACAAGAAAGUUAUCAAAAGCAUUGAGGAUCCUUACUUUCGAUAAAUGCAUGGUUGCAACAAGUGAUUAUGACGAGUUCCAUAAAACUGUAAAACGCCAUAUACUCACAAAUAUUUUGGGACCAAAUGCUCAGAAGCGACACCGUGGUCACAGAGACAUUUUGAUUGAAAAUAUUACACAACACUUGCACGCUCAUGUUAAGAAUUGUCCCGUUGAAGCUGUGAAACUCAGGGACAUCUUCGAGUCUGAACUCUUUGGAUUAGCAUUGAAAGAAGCUUUGGGAAAGGAUGUGGAAUCCAUUUAUGUGGAGGAGCUUGGAAUCACUUUCUCGAGAGAGGAUAUCUUCAAGGUUUUAGUGAUUGAGCCAAUGGAGGGUGCUAUUGACGUGGACUGGAGAGAUUUUUUCCCUUUUUUAAGUUGGAUUCCAAAUAAAGGAUUUGAAAGAAAAAUCCAACAAAUGGAUUUACACAGGCAGGCAGUGAUGAAGGCUCUGAUGAGCGAGCAGAGACAACGAAUUGCUUCGGGAGAGGAAAUGAACUGUUAUCUGGAUUACUUGUUAAAUGAAGCAAAAACACUAUCAGAGAAACAAAUAGGCAUGUUACUUUGGGAGGUCAUUAUUGAAACAUCGGACACUACUUUGGUCACCACAGAAUGGGCUAUGUAUGAACUCGCUAAGGAUCCAAUGCGACAGGAUCGUCUUUAUCAAGAAAUCAGAGAUGUUUGUGGGUCAAACAAGAUUAAAGAAGAAAAUUUGUGUCAGCUCCCAUACUUGUUUGCUGUUUUUCAUGAAACUUUGCGAAAGUACAGUCCUGCUCCAGUAAUUCCUCUUCGAUAUGUGCAUGAAGAUACCCAACUAGGAGGAUAUUAUAUUCCUGCUGGAACUGAGAUUGCUAUAAACAUUUAUGGAUGUAACAUGGAUAAGAAACUUUGGGAGAAUCCUGAAGAGUGGAACCCAGAGAGAUUUAUCGACGGGAAGUAUGAUCCGAUGGACUUGCACAAGACGAUGGCAUUUGGGGGCGGAAAGAGGGUAUGUGCAGGUUCUCUUCAAGCAAUGUUAAUUUCCUGCACGGCAAUUGCUAGACUUGUACAAGAAUUCGAAUGGAGACUGAAGGAAGGGGAGGAGGAAAAUGUUGAUACCCAUGGACUCACCACUCGGAAGCUCCAUCCAAUGCAAGCAAUCUUAAAGCGAAGAAAUUGAAGAGGAAAUUCCAAACAUCCUAAGCAAUUUCCUUCCGUAGUGACUGAAGCUUCUUCUGGCCGUCCUUUUUCACCACAACUUUUUUCAUUAUGGUCCAUACGAACUUUCCAAAGCAUUCUGAACAUGUGUCCACCAUUUAUCUCAUUUAGAGAGUGCAUUAUUAUAGAAAGUUGCUGAAUUCCAUGUUGCUCUCUUUGUAAACUUCUGUAUCCUAUAUUAUAUAAUUCUCUAGUUUGCAGAGGUUUUAAAUUUGUGAUGAA